CUUACCGAUUAACGUACUGCAUUUUGAAAACUUCAAACGUUCGAAAGCUGGAUCUUGUGGCUGUGUCGUUAUAAUUUUUGUACAUAAUUUAGGAUUCUCAGCUAUUUUCUAUAAAAAUAUCGUCGAAUAUUCUUUACUCACCAAAACUAAUUGUUGGAAGUUAGAAUUAAAGUUUUAAUGUUUCUGUGAGAUAUUCAAGUUGAUAAAUAUCGGUGAAAUGAUCGGAUUAACAGAAGACGUCGGACAAUUAUUUGAUGAAGUCCUUCAUGAGAUAUCCCAGAAUGUUCGUCACAUGAUGGAAGAACUCUGGCUUAAUUGGUCUCAUCUCGGUGUAGACUACAAGACUAAAGUAAGCAACAUCAACAAACUGGUGUUUAUUGAAAAGGAACUUCACCGAGAUGUUAUUUCAGAGACUCGUCAGAAGCUCAAAAAUCUCCAGAGUCAAGUUGAUAAGCUUAAAGAAGAAACUGAAGAACUCAGCAGAGCCCUUUCUGUUGAUAUUUCAAUUUUGGACUUCAAAGAUGACAUGAUGAUGAUAGACUACAAGGAGAAAUUGGAAGAUCAAAUAGCUGGAUACAGGCAGCAAAUGGAACAGCGUCGUACAAAAAUGGAUCGCUUGCUGGAAUGGCAGCGAGAUCUGACUGACAAACUCGGUGUCACCAUACACGAGCUACAAGAGAUCCCACUCCCCGCUGAGGAGGAAUUAGACAAACUUAAAGUUCACUUAGAAGUGUUGCAGGCUGAGAGGGAUAAAAGAGUUGAAUUGUUCUUGAACACUCAAGUUGAAAUCAAGGACAUUAUGGAUAAGCUUCAGAUAAAACCACAGAACAAGUUUGAGCAUAUUGUGGUUUCCUCUCUGUCUGUGGACUUCAAAGUUACAGAUUUAAACAUGGAUCGAUUGGCCAAGCUGAGACAGGACUUACAAGAAAAAUAUGAGCAAACUAACAAUAGAGUAUUAGAAUUACGUGAACGUUUGUCAAAGCUUUGGGAAUGCUUGGAAGAGGAUCAUAUUUACUGUGAGAAUUUCCUUCAAGCUCAUCAGGGUUGCCACCCGCAAACUGAAAUGGCAAUCAAAGAAGAGAUCAAAAGAUGCGACCAGAUUAAGAGGCAAAAGAUUGGGGUAUUUGUGGCAAAUGUCCGCACAAAAAUCAAGCUGAUGUGGGACAAUGUGAUGUACUCAACCCAGGAGAGAGAGGAAUUUCUUCACUACUACCAGGACAUCUUCACCGAGGACACACUCACACUGCAUGAACUUUACCUGGACAAAAUAACUAAAUUCUAUUAUGACAACAAACAUAUCUUUGAGUUGGUGGUGACUCGUAAGAAUCUGUGGCUAAAGAUGACCGAGCUAGAGGCACGAGCGACCGAGCCCGGCCGCUACCACAACCGUGGCGGGCAACUGCUCAAGGAAGAAAAGGAGAGGAAGGCCAUAGCAAGCAAUCUGCCCAAAAUCGAGGCUACAAUUCGAGAUCUUGUAACUGAAUACGAACAGAAGACGGGCAAUGUGUUCACUGUGGACGGAAAACCUCUGCUCCAACUAAUACAAGAUGAGUGGGAAACGAGGAAAGCGGAACGUCACAAUAAGCUGUCCGCCCGCAAACAGAAUCAAGCUCUUACUCCGUCGACUCCGUCUUUCCGUUCAAUGGCCACUUCACCUCUCGGGAAGAGGAACAGAACCGCAGCUGGGCUCGCAGCUACUGCCGAAAGAACUAGACCGACCAAGCGUCAGCUGAUCACUGGCAGCGCAACCAAAGCGGUCACCACACUCACGUCCAAUCUGUCCGCCUUAAAAAGAUCUGCUAUAUCCACAGUUAAGAGGCGUAUCAGUGGUCGUCUAGCGGCCAGAGCUGUUGUGGAUAGUAAAGGUGAUCACGCUAAGAGGAAGCUCGACUACGGAGAAGGGAAAAGGACACCGAAAGCUACCGUCAAUGGCAGCAUUCUCAAACACAAGCGUGCCUCGGCCGGCCGCCGUCGCAGUGGGCGUCGUUCUAUCAACGCUACUACAUCUUCAGGAGCUUCGAAAGAACGAGAUCCACUGGUUGAAACCACGCUGCUCACAACUUACACAGACUUUAAGGAUCAGAUCAAUGAGAAGCAAAUCAGCCGUAGCUCUAUGGCGACGAGAGGCCAAGAAGUCAACAUACCCGUCAUAGUCUACCAAACAUCGGAAGAUCGUGACGGAACCCCCAAAAAAACACCACUGACCCCUAAAAUAGGAAAAGAAAACAUACAACAUGUAAUGCUCAGCACUCCAAAGAACAAUCUUCCUUACACACCGACCAGAUUAACGAGAUCUGCCUUAAAGUUAAAUAACGACGGUUUUGCAACUCCCAGAGCACCUCUCAGCGCCAACAAAGUUAACUUACAGAGACAGAACACUCUGUCCACCAUGUCGGUUAAAACGACCCCGAACAGCGUCAGCAGGUCUAAGUCACACACGCAUUUGGUCAGAGUGAAAAACCUACCUCCUCUCAUAUAAUAUGUUCGCAUAUGCAUGCAUAUUAAUACAAGAUGUACAUUGCCAAUAUCGUGUUAGUAUUAAAAUGUUCGCAUAUUUGACGAUUAUUAUAUUUUAUGAUUGAAUUCAGUUAUUUGUCCUUAAUUUCGAAUCUCUUCAAUUUUGCUAACGUUUAAAUUAAUUGAUAUCUUAUUUGUUAAAAGAUUAUGUUACGAGUAACACAUUGAUUUCUUUACUUAGUUUGAUAAGGUUUUAUGUAUUUUUGAGUUGAAUAUAAUUUUAAUUUUGGUUAUUUAGUAAGACAUUAGAAUCGAUGUUAGUUCUGUCAACUGGGUUGAAACGUGUCUCCAAGGCCCCGAUAGCAAAUAAUUCGUGAAUCGGCAGCUAUUAUUAAACUGGGGAUGUACUUAAUACUGGUCAGUAUUGAUGUGUUUGAAGUUACGCACGAAUUUCGCUUUAGCAAAUCACAAUAAUAUGAUAAUUCUAUAAUAAUUUGUAAUUUGUAUGUAAAUUAUGGUUGUAAUAUAUUAUUCAUAGUUUA